GCCCUGGCUGUGAGUCACUGAACCUUGAAUUCAUCCUUCAAGACACCCAGAGAUCGAGGUUUUCUCUGUCAGGACAAAGCUUUCUUUGGACUUUCAUCGGGGGUAUUUCUGAAAACAUGCUUCGUUUGGAUACAUCAUGGGUUGGCACCUGUGCGGAAGUGGCAGGUUAGGAUGCGGAAGUCAAGAGGAAGAGCAAGCCGGGUCAGGAGGCGAAAACUCUUCUCCAGUUCUGAAUCAAGAGGAGUGAAUGAAAGCUACAAGUCUGAAUUUAUAGAGCUAAAAAAGUGGCUGAAAGACAGGAAGUUUGAAGAUGCAAACUUAGUACCUGCUUGUUUUCCAGGAACAGGAAGAGGGCUGAGGAGCAGAACGUCCCUGAAGGAGGGACAGAUGAUUAUUUCGUUGCCUGAGAGUUGUUUGCUCACCACGGACACUGUGAUUCAGAGCUCCUUAGGGCCCUACAUUCAGAAGUGGAAGCCUCCUCCAUCUCCUAUACUGGCCCUAUGUACCUUUUUAGUCACAGAGAAGCAUGCAGGGGUCCUGUCUCCCUGGAAGCCUUACCUGGACAUUUUACCCACAUGGUACACCUGCCCUGCCUGUUUGGAGCCAGAAGUGGUUGAUCUUCUUCCCAAACCUUUAAAAGCAAAGGCCAAAGAGCAGCGCGCCCAUGUGCAGGAGUUCUUUGCUUCCUCCAGAGCCUUCUUCUCUUCCUUGCAGCCUCUGUUUGUGGAGGCUGUGGGCAGCGUCUUCAGCUACAGCGCCUUCUUGUGGGCCUGGUGCACGGUCAACACCAGAGCUGUGUACCUGAGGCCCAGGAGGCACGAGUGCCUUUCCGCAGAGCCAGACACGUGUGCACUCGCUCCGUUCCUGGAUUUGCUGAAUCACAGCCCACAUGUCCAGGUGAAAGCAGCGUUCAACAAGGAAACUGCCUGCUACGAGAUCCGAGCGGCCUCCCGAUGCAGGAGACACGAGGAGGUGUUCAUCUGCUACGGCCCGCACGGUAACCGGCGGCUGCUCCUGGAGUACGGCUUCGUCUCCCCGCGCAAUCCUCACGCCUGUGUUCCCGUCUCAAGAGAAAUGCUUGUUAAAUAUCUCCCAUCAGCAGAUCAACAGAUGCACAAAAAGAUCUCCAUUUUAAAGGAUCAUGGCUUUAUAGAAAAUUUGACAUUCGGAUGGGAUGGGCCAUCUUGGAGGUUACUCACAGCUCUUAAGUUGUUAUGCCUGGAAGCUGAAAAAUUUACAUGUUGGAAAAAAGUACUCCUUGGUGAAGUAAUUUCAGAUAUAAAUGAGAAGACAAGUUUGGACAUAGCCCAGAAAAUAUGCUAUCAAUUCAUAGAGGAGACUACUGCUGUGCUUCAAAAGGUUUCUCACAUGAAGGAACAAAAAGUAUCUUUGAUAAAUCAACUCACUUUGGUGGAAACAUUGUGGACGGAAGAGCUGAGGAUUCUCAAGGCUUCUGCUGAAAUCAUCAGCAAACUGUGUGCAGACCCUUUGCCCUGACUUCACCUACAUGUGUUUGAGCACCUCCUGUGGUGGGUGCUUUAAACUGAGAUUGGAUUAAAUUGAUUUCAUUUGCAA